UCAAUAUUUUGAAGGGGAACCGUCUUCUGGUGGCCAUUGUGCGGUUCGUUUGACGUUUGGAUGUUACAGGUUUGGACUAGACUUACGCUUCGCGGAGAGAACAUAAUGGCGCAGUGUAGGUGUACAAUAGCACUUCAACUUGUUAGCCAAUCACGUCCUUGUGGGAUAUCUAAAUAUUGACAGUGAUUUGUCACGUACAAUGGAUCAUCUUAACGUCAUGGCGUCACUUGUUCCCUGUCCCUUGACUCUCCUUGUGACGUCUGUGUUCUCGUUUUCUGCUCAUUUGGUUACAACUUUGGAUUUGGUAACAACUUUGGGUUUCAUGAAGUAGAGCCUUCACCGAGUAGUCGCCAUUGUGCGGUAUGUUUGACUACCUGUGCCAUUGCCUGUUUUGACUGUGACGUCAGUCGGACGCUUCACUGAGAAGAUCGCCUUGAAGCGGAACACUUCCUUGUGGGACAGCUACAGUUCACAGUGUUUAUCACCCAAGAGGAAGGAAGCAUUCAGUUAGUGCCAUGGCAUCGCCUUUUCCCUGUCUCUUAACGUUCCUUGUGACGUUUGUGUUCCUGUGCUCUGCCCAGUCCGUCUGUAAACCACCGUCAGACGAGAAAUGUGUGUGCAGUCCGGUGGUGAAUCUGAAUCCAGUGCUGAAUUGUGGGAACGAGAACGGUCUUAAAGCAGAGUUGGAGCAGAUGAAAAUCGCCAUGGAACAACUCUCACAGAAGAUGGUUGAUUGGCCUAAAGCUAACGCAAACGACACGGAAGCCGACAAGCCCCAAGAUUGUCAGGACAUCCUCGACAACGACGACACCACGCCCAGCGGCGUGUACAUGGUUUAUCCACGGGACAACCUGGGCGGCUUCCUGGUCUUCUGUGAUAUGGACACGGACGGAGGCGGCUGGACGUUGUUCCAGAGACGCCAAGACGGAACAGUGAACUUCUUUCGGGGCUGGGCGGACUACAAGACCGGCUUCCCUUCCAACCUGAACGGCGAGUUCUGGCUGGGGAAUGACAACUUGUACCGCCUGGCCGUGCAGAAAGUCUACCAGCUCAGGGUGGAUAUGGAGGAUGUGGAGGGGAACACGGCGUACGCGGCUUACAGGACGUUUGCCAUCUCGCCUGAAUCCCAGAACUACAAACUCCACAUCGGGGCUUACACCGGUACUGCAGGGGACAGCCUGACGGUCCAUGACGGGAAACCGUUCAGUACCAAGGACAGAGACAACGAUGAGGACUCUAUCAGCUGUGCUCAAACGUACAAAGGUGCGUGGUGGUACGAAAGUUGCCACGGCUCCAACCUGAACGGGCUGUACCAUCUGGGUACUCAUGAGAGCCGCGCUGACGGGGUCAACUGGUACAACUGGAAGGGUUACAACUACUCCUUGAAGCGCACGGAGAUGAAAAUCCGGCCAACUCCAUAGCCUCACACAUUAUAUUGCAUCGUUCACGCCAUUGAAAUAGAAGUGAAAACGGCUAAAGGCUAGCUGUUAAUCAUUUUGAUACUAAAUACCUAUAUAUACGGAUAUCAUACAAUAACCACUCACUUCCUAGAACAGUAUGGUCAAUUUUCAUGUUAUAAGAUCUUUCUUUAAAUCUUACACUAAAACUAAAACAACAAAAUUAGCUUUCCAAUACGAUUGCAUUAGAAUAAUGUAAAAAUCUAUCUAUUUCAUUCAUUUGUUCGAGGGACUACUGGAAUGCAUAUCAAUGGUAUGAUCAUGCAUCUUUUCACGGCUGAUAUGACUGUCUAACUGACCAGAGAAAAUUUUGUUGCUUUCCCCAAUGCCUAUUUGUAUGAUAAGACCUGAUGCCGUUUUCAUUGUCCCUUUCACCGAUUUGCCUACGCAUUGUCAUAAUAUAGCAAUUGUCGUGACUAAGUCCUGUAAUAUUUAGCAUUUUGUACAUGUUCAACUCCACAGUAAAACUCACGACUUCCGUCUGAAGUGUGCUGACUAGUA